CUCUAGGAUGGCUACGGACGCUCCACCUGGCUGCUGGUGCUCUGCUUCGCUCCUGCUGCUGCUGCUGCUUGGCUGAUGCUGCUCGCGAUAGUACACACAUGUAGUACACACAUAUGCAAUUUGGUCAGCAAUGAAAAAAUACACUCUGUUUAGCAAUGAAAAAAAUACAAACUCUUUUUUAACUCUGUUUAGCAAUGAAAAAAAUUGUGUACAUUAAAACGUUCACAUAUGGAUGUUUUAGAUGGAGAAAGUGAAGCAUCCUAAAGCAAUUUGGGAUAGUGCGUAUCAUUCCAUUUAUAUGGAUGUGUGCGUAGAAGAGGUGCGAGCAAAUAACCGCGCCCCUGGAAACACCAGUUUGUCGGAUGUAGGACAAGCAAAUUUGCUUACUAAAUUCAUAUUAAAUUUGCAACUAGCUUUCGUGUUCAUAUUAGACAUGAAACUAUCAGAAAUAACCAAGUAUUAGUAAUUCAGCACUCAGUUCAAUCUAGGGGCGUUACAGACAUUUCAGCACACAACUCAUACAAUAAUCACAUGCUAGAAUCACAGAAAAGAACUGGACAGCUGAUUCUGUGGGCAGUUUCCCAGAAUCAGAUUCUGGAGAAUCGUGAGGUGAAAAGAACUGCCCCCUAGACUAGAACGAACCUAUCUGGGCAUCCUCCUCCGGUGCUGCGACCAGUAAACCCUCGUUCAUCCUCCCCCGUUCGCCGACGCCGCCUCGUGUUCCCAUGGCCGGAGGUGGUGACCACCCGGGCGCCAACAAGCGGAAGCGCGAGGCCGCGGGGAGGCCCAAGGCGCCGUCCAAGGGAGGCGGCGACGCCACCAAGCGGAAGAAAACCCAUGACGCCCCUGCCGCCAAGGCCAAGCCGCAGCCCGUCACCGCCAAGGGCAAGCGGGUCGCCGCCAAGGAAAUGUCCGAGUCGAGGAAGAUGAAGAGGAAGCCCAAUUACAACCUCGAAAAGGAACUGGCAGUACUAUGGGAAAAGAUGAGAUGCCGUGAUGUGAGCAAGGAGAAUAGAUCCAAGCUAGUGACUGAGGCUCUCCGUAAAAUGGAUGGCAAAUAUUUUGAAAUUGCUGGAUCCCAUGUAACCGCACGUGUUCUUCAGACAUGUGUGAAGUGGUGCUCACAGCCAGAGAGGGAUGCUGUUUUUGUUGCCCUGCAGCCACAUUUGCUCCAUUUCUCUCGCAAGAAAUACGCUGUUUUUCUUGUGAAGAAGCUCAUAAAACUUGCCACUAAAAAACAGCUUGCCUUGUUCAUCUCUUCCCUUCAUGGUCAUGUCGCUUCUCUACUUCGUCACACAAUAGGAGCUGCAGUUGUUGAUUGCACCUUUCAUCAGGCGACACCGCCUCAGAAAAGAAGUUUGUUGUUGGAAUUGUACUCCACCGAGCUUCAGCUGUUCAAGGACUUGACUGAACAAAAAUCAUGCAGUUUGUUAGAAACAAUUUCUAAGCUUGGACUACAGAAAUCAUCUGUCCUGCAGUAUAUGACUACUGUUAUCCAGCCAGUUUUGGAAAAAGGUAUUGUUGAGUAUUCCAUAGUACACACGGUCAUAUUGGAGUACUUAACAAUUGCGGACAAGACAUCAGCCUCGGACGUGAUUCGUCAGUUAAUUCCCCAUCUUACUCAAGGGUCAUCUGUCGUAGAUGGAGAUGAACUAUCAGGUGUCGCUGAAGUACCAACAAAAUCAAAAGCUAAGAAGAAAAGAUCUUCAGAACCACUUCUCAUUCGUAUCAUGCAGACCAGGGAAGGAUUAAAAUUAGGGCUUGCUUGCCUCAAGCAUGGCAGUGCGAAGGAUAGGAAGAAAAUUAUCAAAAGCUUGAAGGGUCAGGUUAUGAAGCUUGCUCUCAGUGAUUAUGGAUGCCUUUUCCUUGCUUGUCUUCUCUCCAUUGUUGAUGACACAAAACUUCUUACUAAGGUUGUAAUUGAAGAGCUGACAAAACAGUUAAAGGAACUCAUAUUUGACAAGAACGGGAGACGCCCAUUGCUGCAGCUACUUCACCCACUUUGCUCACGUUAUCUGACUCCGACUGAUUUGAGUUGUCUGAAGUACAGUGUGCCUUCCCUUAUUUCAAAGGAUGAGGCAUCAGAGGGUGCUGCUAAAGUUAACUUGGAUAGUAAGUUGGAUGAUGUAGCUGAAAAAGAACAUGGGGGUUCAGAAGACACACUGGUUGCAUCUGAUAGCAAGAAGGACCCGUUUAAACGGAGGCAAGAACUGUUGGUGAAAAGCGAACUUUUCGAGGUUCUCAUUGAGACUUGCAUUGAAAAUGUUGGAGAGUUACUUCGAGCAAACUUUGGCAAAGAUGUAUUAUAUGAGGUUGCUAUAGGUGGAAAAAAUAAUGUCUUGGAGGGGGUCACCGACAGGAUCCACGUGCUUCACAAUGCUAUAGCUUCUGACGCAGCACGGCCGAGGACAGAGGAUGUUGAGCAUGCCUUUGAUAACUACCACUCGAGCCGCGUAAUCAGAAAGAUGGUACUUGAUUGCCCUGCGUUUGCCGCUACCCUAUGGGAAAAAGCCCUCAAAGGGAAGUCCAAGUCAUUUGCAGAUGGAUUCAGCUCCAAGGUGGUGGCUGCCUAUCUGGAAUCUCCAGAUUCCAAGGUGAAGGAUCUUGCGAAAUCCGAGGUGCAGCCGCUCAUCGACGGUGGCAUGCUGAAGAUUCCAGACCAUAAAGCAGCGGAAAAGAAGUGAGUCUUCUCUCGACGGUCCCCUCGCCAUCGCCAGCAACACAAGCAGGCCAAGGCGGUGUCCGUGCUUGCGUUUUGGAUGAAAGAGUAAUACAUACAUCCGCGUUCAUCCUAGUUGAGGUGUAUAUUCAAUUUUGUCACCGGAUACCAGUGCUCAAAAUACAUGCCGUACUGUCACUGGGGAAGUUUGCUGCUACAUAUUCGUGUGAUGUGGUAUAAUUUUGGCAGUUGAUCAUCACGUCUAAGCAGACGAGGAUACCAA